AUGCUACGUUGUUUCAGCUGCUUCAGCCGUCGAGGUGCGUUAGAAGACACGACCGAGGACAAUGACAUGUCCGCUUCGGCGAUCCUGGGUCUUGGCCAGCGUGACAAGAAGCAGCCCACGUUUGAAGAUAACUACGACAUUCUGUACCAGAUCGGCGAGGGCAAGACCGGUCAGGUUUUUGUGGCCAAGAAGAAGCGGCCACACUAUCGCACUCGCGCCAAGACGCUGGCAGAGGAGCAACAGCGCGAGCGUGAAGAACGCGAGUGCGACGAGGAAGUGGCCGUCAAGUUCGUACGACAAGAGUAUCUGUCCACGCCUAAUCGCGUCGAAGCAUUGCAGUCCGAACUUGCCAUCCUGGAACACGUCAAGCACCCGGGAGCUCUCCGAUUACGGCAGGUUUUUCAGGACGAGGACAAGUUCUCCAUCGUGACGGAUAAAGCGACGGGCGGUGAGAUCAUGGACGCUAUCUGCAGGCCUGGAGCUCCGCGUAUUCGUGAAUGCGAUGUGGCUGAAAUUGUCCGUCAGUUGCUAAGUGUGCUGGCUUACUUGCACCUUAACGGAAUCACACACCGUGACCUCAAGGUGGAGAACAUUAUGUGCAAGACCCAGGGCCUGCGUAGUGGCGUAGUGCUUAUCGACUUCGGCUUGGCUCACAUGGGUACAGUCGGUAGCAAUGAAAUGUCUGGUAUGAACGGAACGCCACACUAUAUGGCACCAGAGAUGUUCCAUAAGCACGGAUAUUACGGUUGGGCUAUCGAUCUCUGGUCACUUGGUGUCGUCACGUACGUCCUACUAUUUGGACAAUUCCCGUUCGACGCGCGCUUUAUGUCACAAGUGGAAGACAAGAUCGUCAAGGGCGAGUUCGAGUUUCCCAAAGAGCUCGAGUCGAUGGUGUCUCACCAAGCCAAAAAGUUCAUUGAGUAUUUGCUAGUGCUAAACCCGAGGGAGCGCCCCCCUGCUGCAAUGGCACUGCAACAUCCAUGGCUACAAACAGACUCGUCAUCAACGAACCCAUUUACGGAUGCGCACAUGGCUGCACUUUCAAAGUUCUCCGAAGGCAAGAAGACCUUCGUACCUCCUGCUCCUAAACAAUACGUGCCGCCAACGCACAUUCCGAAGGAAGGAGUUAUCAUUUAUGAAGGAUAA